GUGGGAGGAACGUUUGCGCUGCAGUUUUAAAUAGCGACGCAGCCUUGAACAGAGGAAAAAAAUCAUGUUGCAGACGAAUCUUUGUGGCAAUGCCUGACCUGAGGACACACAGGUAACACUUUUAAACGCCCCAUAUUCGGACGGGAAAGUCGCAGAAGCCGCAGCAAAGCCUGACGAUAAAUUUCCAGACCAUGAACUAUGUGGGUCAGCUGGCGGGCCAGGUGUUUGUGCAGGUCAAGGAGCUGUACAGAGGCCUCAACCCCGCAACGCUGUCCGGCUGUAUCGAUGUGAUCGUGGUGCGGCAGCCCAAUGGCUCCCUUCACUGCUCGCCCUUCCACGUGCGCUUCGGCAAGAUGGGCGUCCUGCGCUCACGGGAGAAAGUGGUGGACAUUGAGAUCAACGGAGAGCCUGUGAGUUUGCACAUGAAGUUGGGAGAAAAUGGAGAAGCCUUCUUUGUUAAAGAAGCUGAGAACACACUGGAAGUUGUUCCAGCCUACCUGGCAACGUCUCCCAUCAUGUCGACAGGUGAGGAGCUGAUGAACUCCCAGUUGAGCAGGAGCAGCGCACGUCACCGCGACAACGCAAUGUGCGGCUCGCAUCCUGUCCAGAGCAUCGGGCCGCAGCAGGGCGAAGGAGGCAUGAAUAAAAAGAGGAGGAAGAGAAGGAGGAAGGCUCGGCCAGAUGGUGGAGGAGCGAGGCGGGACGAAAGCGGAGAGGAGUUUUCAGAUGAUGAUAACAUGUUCACCAUUGACCUGAGCUCUGAUGAGGAGCGAGGAGAUGGUGGAAGAACUUUACACAGUGAUCAAGGCUCGGCAGCCAAAACGCACCCCAGUGCGGACUGGACGCGUCCACAGAGUCAUGUGAUAAAGGAGACUCUCUCCAUCCCUCCGUCCUGCGGUCUGUCCAUCUCUUGUCCGCAGCAGACCCCUCAGUUUUCUUCCCACCUUAGCAACAUAGAUGACUCUCGGUCUGCCACGCCCAAGAGCGACUCUGAGCUUACCAGUCGAGCUAAAGACAACCCUGAGAUGCUGUGGACCUGGGGAGAGCUGCCACAAGCCGCUCAGCCAUCCUUCCUGACUUCCCAUCAGAAGCAGGAUUGUGCCACAUCAGUCUCCAUUCCUGUGUCCUCCAGCACUCACUUCAGAAGCAUCAGUGAUGGCGGACCGCACUCCCGACCUCACUAUACCUCCCAGCAAGGCGAGAUGCAUGGUGACAGUAGAGCCAAGCACCCUGACUGUGGGAAUGAGGGAAGGAUAGCUGAAGAGCAUGAAAGCGCGGUGGACAGUGUGGGCGCGUCAUGUGCAGAGAUGGAGAGUUUAACGGCAUGUUCGGUGGCUCCGAGCUUCCUCCCUCAUCUGGAGGAAGACGGGAACAGAGGAAGCCCAAUCAGAAGAACGGAUUCACCUUCCAAGAGGAAAGAGAAAAGAAGCCAGCAUCUUGGUGCUGAUGGGGUAUACUUGGAUGAUCUUACCGAGCUGGAGCCGGAAGUAGCUGCUUUGUAUUUCCCUAAAAGCGAUGGAGGCAGCAGCUCGAUGAAGUUGGACUCAGAGGCGAUGAUGACUGGCGUCCGCAGUGCAAAUCAGUCUCCGCAGUCAGUAGGCAGCUGUGGGAUGGACAGUGGUGUGGACAGUCUGCUGGACCACUUGGGGGACCUUCCUCACGUAGCCAUCUCGCUAUGCGGCGGACUGUCUGACAACAAAGAGAUCACACGAGAGCAAUUCCAGGAGAGGGCAGUUUCCUACCAACAGUUCUCAGAAAACCCUUCCCUUAUCGAUGAUCCCAACCUAGUGGUGAAGAUUGGUAACAAGUACUACAACUGGAGUACGGCGGCUCCGGUCAUGUUGGCUAUGCAGGUCUACCAGAAGCCAUUGCCACAGGCCUCCGUGGAGAACAUCAUGAAGGACAAGAUGCCCAAGAAGGGAGGGCGUUGGUGGUUCUCCUGGAGGAGCAGAAACAGUGACUCAAAAUCGGAGUCAGCGACAGAGGCUGCAGAAGACCGAGAUGAAAGUUCCAUCAUCACGGCAGCAGCUGUUAGAAUGAAAGAUGAGUCGUCUUCCAGUGACGAUGACCGCAGACCCACUUUGGUGUCUGGAACCUGCCAGUCUGACACCCUCCUUGCUUCUGGUAACGUUUGUUACAAGAAGACUCUUCGGCUCACUUCAGAUCAGUUGGUGAGCUUGCAGCUUAAGGAGGGUCCAAACGAAGUGGUUUUCAGCGUGACCACACAGUAUCAGGGCACGUGUCGUUGCCAUGGCACCAUUUACCUUUGGAACUGGGAUGACAAGCUGGUCAUCUCCGACAUCGAUGGGACCAUCACCAGGUCAGACACACUGGGCCACAUCCUCCCCACGCUGGGAAAAGACUGGACCCACCAGGGCAUCGCGAGACUCUAUCACAAAGUCAGCCAAAAUGGAUAUAAAUUCAUGUACUGCUCGGCGAGGGCCAUCGGUAUGGCGGACAUGACCCGAGGUUACCUGCACUGGGUCAACGAAAGGGGAACUAUGCUGCCGAUGGGCCCGGUGAUGCUCAGCCCCAGCAGCCUGUUUUCUGCAUUGCACAGGGAAGUGAUUGAGAAAAAACCUGAGAAGUUCAAGAUCGAGUGUCUCACUGACAUUAAGCACCUUUUUUACCCCAAUACUGAACCCUUCUACGCUGCUUUCGGCAACAGAGCUACAGAUGUGUAUUCCUACAAGGAGGUGGGCGUUCCUCUCAACAGGAUCUUCACUGUCAAUCCAAAGGGGGAAGUAAUACAGGAACAUGCCAAAACCAACAUCUCCUCUUACGGGCGCCUGUGCGAGAUGGUCGACCACGUCUUUCCCGUCCUCCUCCAAAAACAAGGGACCGACUUUGCCAGUUCUGAAACUUUGAAUGAGUGUGAUUAUUGGAGCAAGCAACAACCUGAUGAAUGCAACCAGGACAAGGAAGAAGAAGGCUCACAGAUUCUGGAGAGCAGCUGAGCACACUGAAAUCUAUCUUUCACGAGUGAGGAUGAGACUGAAACCAAACUGAUGUAGAAUGUGAUUUAACACUGUGCCGUUAUUCAACAACAAUCCAAUAAGCUCACUGUUAGGCGUCUGUAAAAAUAGGAAGCCGUUAAGUAGAAGAAAACCUCAUAACUUCAGGAUACCUCAAAAAUAGCACAACACGAACAAAUAAUGGAGAAUGACAGCAUGUUGUACAAAGACACGUUUACUGACUCACCCACACAAAAAGCACAGCUAGCAGUUAACUACUCCGCCGACAUACCUUACAUUUCAUUUGAAUGAGUACUUUAACCCAUAUUAUAGAUCAUUAAUAGUUGUAUCGUAGUAUUCAAAUUAUAACUGCAGUACCUUAUUUUAAAGUCCCUGUAAAGUGACAAUAAAUGUCUUCUAAAUUCGACAUCACAGAGAACAGUGUUGUGAAUAACCCUGCCAAAUUUGAAUGAAUUAUUAAAAACGGCAAGUAGAAAAAUGAGGCUUGAAAGUCACAUAAAAUCAAGCCUUUCUCACAGCUCUCAAACACUGUGGGCAUGUCCGAUGAAUGCAUUGAAAACAGGUCCCGUUCAACUGUCAGAUGUUUUUACAUACUGAGGGCGUGUCCGGUGAUAAUCUUCAAAUGUGCAAAAUUUGAAAUCUUUGAAUUCACUUGACGGGGUCUUUAACUACACGAUAGGACAAAACACAAGAUACAUCUCUCAAUAUAACCAUAGGAAUAAACAUACUAUUUGAAGAAUAUAUCUCUGAUAGUGUCCAUGAAAACAGAGAGCAUUAUUAGUGUCUCAUGAGAGUGUAUCUAAUGACGUGUCACACCUCAAACUAAAAGACCGAGGUCACCUCUGACAUGUCCCCUCGGUUCACUCAUGCAGUCCGAUAAACAUGUUUGGUCACGUGACCACACUACUGUGAAACUGAUACACACGCAGGACAAUGCAAUUGGUGACAUGGAGUAAUGUGCACUUUUGUACACGAUAUGUUACUGUCAUUAUUACUAUCAAUGCAACUUCUUAUGGCAGGACUCAUUCACUACUAUGUGAAUUUUAUUUUUUAUUUUUUUUAAUUAUUUGUUGCAUUGCAUAUAUUGAGAUGCAUGCAUGUUCACUCACACCUCACUGGGAAAGCCACCGUCUAUAGGUAAAAACGUUCUAUACAAAUGAUAUUGCUAAUGGUCGGUGCUCACUAAAGCAAUAGAAUUAGAGUAAAAUUCUUUGGGAGGCCGUUGUUUUAAGUCAUGUACACUUGUUGUAAUAACUUAUAUGCAACAAAUUCCCACUCGGAAUGCAAAUUGAAUGUUUCUGAAUCAUUUAUGGUCAUGUGUUUAGUAUUUUACCGCAAUUAUGUUCACAAAAUUGACUUUUUACAACUACUGAUCAAUAACUGUACUCGUGUAUAGCGUGUGUGCGUGUGCACGAGUGUGUGUGUGUGUGUGUGUGUGUGUGUGUGUGUGUGUGUGUGUGUGCCAUUCUUAUUGUAACAUUGCUAAGCAUCAUCGUAUUAUAAGACAGUAGCAGCAUCACUCACUGGUCUUCUCAUUUCUCUUAAUAAGUGCAUUGUUUUUCCUCAUCGCUAGAAUUAUUUUGUGUGUGUGUGUGUGUGUGUGUGUGUGUGUGUGUGUGUGUAAUUAUUAUGGAGUAAUAUUUAUAACACAUCCAAUGCAAUCCACUUCUCAAGAUUUUUAGUGAGCAUUUUUAUGAUCGUUUAAUUCUUUCUGUGAAAGAUGUAAUAAAAUUGUUGACAAGUUCA